AUGGCGAUGCUGGGCGGCACCAGCCCGGUACAAGGAAGCGCGCCCCAGGCGGAUGAUGGGGCGAUGUGGUUCCGACCAGCGACGGCGGCGAGAACCACUGUUGGAGGUGUGGGGCUUGACAUGGUGCUGUGGGAGAGGAUGAGGUGGGAGGUGGAGAGGGGAGGCCGGAAAGACAACUACCCUUGCAAAAGCUACAUUCACAUAUCAUGGUGCAUUUGUCUCAACAUAUCCAUAUCCAUAUCCACAUUCACAUUUAGAUUUAAGGGAAUUUCCUUCUCUAGCUUGAUGUAUGUCACUAAACGCAAUAUGGCUAAUGCUGUUGCAAGCAUGACUAAGCAUCUGGAACAAGUGCAGAGCUCUCUUGCUGUUACUAUUUUUUUUCUUGAAUGCGUAGGACAGUUGUGGCUCAUUGUAUUAAGGAAGAACAAGGCUGCUAAAAAGCACUUAUCACAGCGCAUUCAGCACGUGGAUGAUAAAUUGGAACAGCAGAAGGAGAUUUCGGUGCAAAUAAGAGAUCAGGCUACUGGUGCAAAGUUGAAAAUCAAGAACAUUGGAUCAGACAUGGAUAACAAAAAAAAUAUGGUUAUAGGCCUGGAUGAGAAGAUGGAUUCAAUUGAAGCAAAACAGAAUUAUUCAUGUGUGGCGGUGGAUUAUCUCUGCCAAUUCAUAGAAAAAAGGGUUGACAAGCUACCGGAACAGCUGGAAGGAUUGCAACAAACAGUAAAGCGCAUCGGAUACAAGACCUCAGAGUUGCCACCGGGGCUGGGGGGGUUCGGGCAACUGCUGUCCACCGAAUCAGCGAACCCAUUAGGUGCCUUUCAAAUAUUUUAG